AUGUUAUCCAUUGGCCAGCAGUUCUACGACGACGGCAUCUAUAGCUUCUAUUCGGACAAAACUCUUUCCCAACAUUUCUCUCAAUCGACAAUCAAUUCUCAAAUGUCUAGUCAAUCGUUUGAUCCGACAUCCAGUCCAUUGGCCAGCAGUUCUUUUACGGCCAGCCCUAUGAUCGCUACCGGAUCUCAGCGGCGAUACCUUAAACAACACUCGACACCAAUGAAUAGCCAAAAGUGUAAACCAUUUUCGCCGACAGUCACCGACUCCACUAAAAAGGAGUUAGAUUUUGAGCUGAGCUGCUCUUCAGCGACUAAACACGACUCAAUGGCCGCCAAAAAUCGAGCUCUUUUUUAUCGCAAUGAAUCCAUUAUCGAAGGCCCGACUCUUUCCAAUGCGUUUGCGUUCAGUAGUGUUGACGACAUCUUGAGCCCACCCGCCGGCGCCUCAGACCGUGAAUGUCAGUACUUGACAUCAAUGAGCGUUGAGAUACACGCGUCGACUCGCGCUAAACUCAAUCCCGAUCCCAACACGGAUCCAAUCGAAGUGAUAUUCUAUAGCGUGUCGUGCGAUGCGCCGACCGGUGCUGACGCCGAUCCCUUGCGUCCGAAAUAUACGACCGGUUUGAUAGCCGUCGAGCCGGACGUCGAGACCGUCGAGUCGUUGAGCGCCAGUACAAACACUGUGCGCACUCGGCAUCGGCGAGCCUUGCAUUCAAUGAGCGCCGCCCACCCGGAGCUGACCGUCGAUUACGUGGACGACGAGAUCAUCUUAUUAAUGAAGUUCGCGGAACUCGUCCAACGCUUUGAUCCGGACAUUAUCGUGGGCUACAAAGCGGACACUCUGUCCUGGGGUUACGUUAUGAAGCGGGCGAAUGUGUUGAACGUGUCGAUCGCCACAGCGUUGUCGCGGGUGACCGACGAUCGGUUCGGCCGUAACGUCGACGGCUCGGCUAACGUCAAGUGCGAACUGUGCGGUCGAGUGACUCUCAAUUUGUGGCAAAUACUCAGACAUGAGGUGACACUCACUCAAUACAACUACGAGAACGUCCACUUCCAUGUCCUUCACGAACGGGUGCCGGCGUUUAGCUAUGAGACACUCACCCGACUGUACGCCAAUCGGGCGGAUCAGUACUCGCGGCGGCGGGUAAUCGACUACUACCUGACCCGUGCGGUGGGUUCGCUGCGACUGUUGGAUCGGUUGGACUUUGUGGCGAAGAACGGCGAGUUGGCCCGACUGUUCGGCAUUCAGUUCCAUGAGGUGUACUCCCGUGGGUCGCAGUUUCGGGUCGAGUCCAUAAUGUUGCGUAUGUCUCGCGCCGCUGGUCUCAUACCAGUGUCUCCGAGUCCACGACAGGUCCACUCUCAACGGGCGCCAGAGUUUUUGCCACUAAUUCUGGAGCCGUAUUCCGGCUAUUAUCGCGAUCCCGUUGUGGUGUUGGACUUCCAGAGCCUCUACCCCUCGAUGAUGAUCGCCUAUAACUACUGUUACUCCACGUGUUUGGGACGAGUGGAUCAGCUCAUUGAACAAACCGAGUUCUCAGAGUUUGGAUGCAUUGGUCUUGAAGUGCGAAAGCAAUUGCUAUAUAAGUAUCGCAACGAUAUCCACAUCUCUCCCAAUGGAGUGGUUUUUCUCAAAGACUAUGUCCGCAAAGGAAUACUACCGAAAAUGUUGGAUGAGAUUCUGGAGACAAGAAUUAUGGUUAAGAAUGCGAUGAAAAUGAAUAAUAAGAAACAGAAUCCGAGUAAAGGUCUGCACCGGAAACUGGACGCCAGACAACUGGGCCUUAAAAUGAUCGCAAACUUCACGUACGGCUAUACGAGCGCCAACUUCUCGGGUCGUAUGCCGUGCGUCGACGUCGCCGACAGUAUUGUCGCCAAAGGCAGGGAAACACUGGAGAGAGCCAUAAAUCUGGUCGACAGUACACCCGAAUGGGGCGGUAAAGUGGUCUACGGAGACACCGACAGCCUCUUCAUCCACUUCCCCGGUCUGUCCAAAGAGGAGGCCUUCAGAAGGGGUCACGAGAUCGCCGAAGCGGUCACUCAGACCAACCCAAAGCCCGUGCGACUCAAGUUCGAGAAGGUAUACCUGCCGUGCGUUUUGCAGACAAAGAAACGAUACGUCGGCUUCAGCUACGAGUCCGUCGAUCAGUCGAAACCCACGUUUGACGCCAAAGGCAUUGAGACCGUACGGCGAGACACGUGUCCAGCGGUGGCCAAAAUGCUGGAGAAGUCCCUUCGGAUACUGUUCGACACCGGAGACGACGUGAACGGAGUGAAGCACUAUCUGUACCGUCAGUUCCAGAAGGUAUUAGACGGGAGAGUGAAUGUGUUGAACGACUUUGUGUUCGCCCGCGAGUAUCGGGGCGUUGAGAACUAUAGCGAGCGCUCACACGUGCCCUCCAAAGAGAUCGCCGCCCGUCGGCUGGCAGUCGACCCGUACGCCGAACCCAAACACAAGGAACGGGUGCCGUAUGUCGUGAUCUGCGGUCCGCCGAACGAACCCAUCUAUAAGCUGAUCAAAGAGCCGCUGGACGUGAUUAACGACCCGUCGCUGCGUCUGAACGCCCAGUACUACAUCGAGAGGGCGAUCGUACCGGCGCUGAACCGGGUCUUCGAGCUGAUGGGUCACGACGUGAACCACUGGUACCGAGAGAUGCCUAAACGCAUUCACUAUAACCGCUAUCAAUACCUGUUGGCCAGGGAUAAGAAGACGGCUCCGGCGCGGACUAUACCCCAGUUCUUCAACACCGCUCAGUGUAUUGUAUGCGACGCCAACUCAAAGGGCGGCGACUUUUGUCCGGAGUGUCGGCAGCGGCCGCACGAGUCGAUCCGUUCGGUCUGCGCCGACAUCCGUACGGCUGAACUCGCGUACCAACACGUGCUCAACGCCUGUCGUCAGUGUAGCGGCAGCGCCGACGGCAGCCAACUCUGCACUUCCAUUGAGUGCCCAAAUCUCUAUCGAUACCAUCAGUCAAGACUGGAUCUGAUGAACGCUCAGUACAUGAGUGGUGUUCUUCACAAAAAGAAAGGAAAGGGAACCACAAUUGAGACAAACUUUUAG